AUGCGAGCUGAGCUGUUGCGGCUUCUGUUUUAUUUGGCAGUCGUCUUUCCCGAUCGACACCUCGUUUCAGCCUAUUCGUACCAACGUUGCUCCUCUCCGAGUCGCUAUGACAUGCGUAGUCAUGGCAAUUUCCAAUCUCGAACCGUCCACUUGACACAUUCCGACGCAUCUGAGCAGGCUUUUCGGCAGUGGCGUCACAACCGGCCAGACAGCCUCAUUCACGCACACACCAGCACAACGGCCACAUCAAUCACACUCUGGACUUUUCGUCCAAUUGACGCCCGGGUCUCGAGCUCCGAGAACAGAUCAAGCCGACUGGGCAACAACCGGCCCGCUUGUCGUCGGGCCAACGCACGCUUCGGCUGGACCUGUGCGGCUUGA